AUGUCACAGCAUGACCUUCCUGAUGAUGAUCCCGACGAGCUGAGUGGAGUGCAACCGAAUGACUUGAUGAUUCCUGUGCAUGUCAAUGGGAGGUAUCGGCUGAAAGACAAAGUAGGGUCAGGUGCUUAUGGCGAAGUGUAUCAUGCAAGUGAUAUCAUUGGCGACGGUGAUGUGGUUGUCAAGCUUCAAUGUAUUACUGGCACCACCACCACCAGCUUGGAGCACGAGUAUAAUGUGCUCAGGCAACUUGGUGAUACUGUUGGCAUCCCCCAUGUCCACUGGUUUGGACGGGAGGACAGUUAUGAUGCCCUAGUCCUUGAUCGUCUUGGACAGUCGCUUGAGAGUGUAUUCAAGGAAUAUCAACACUCAUUCAGCUACAACACUAUAGUCUGCCGCCUCCAGUACAUUCACUCCAUACACUUCAUUCAUCGCGACUUGAAGCCCACCAACAUUCUUAUCGGAACUGGCAAGGAUGCGCACAAGAUUUUUCUUGUCGACUUUGGCAUUUCCAAACAAUACAGAUGUCCACGCACUCACCUCCAUAUUGCAUUCAAACAAACCGCCUCCUUGACAGGAACUCCAGCUUUCACAUCCAUCAAUAGCCAUGCAGGUAUGGAGCUAGGACGUCAUGAUGAUAUUGAGUCCCUCGCAUACCUCUUAAUCCACCUAUUUCGUGGAUCUCUACCUUGGCUUUGCUGUAGUGGCAUCUCUGACAAGCAAGUUGUUGAGAUGAAGUAUGAUACGAUGAAGUUGUGCCAAGACCUUCCUGAAGAGGUUAAACAGAUCCUCACCUAUUCACGUUCCCUCUCGUUUGACCAGAAACCAGACUAUGCAUUCUUAUGUCGCCUUCUUCAGCGCAUCAACAGUACAUCUGAGUCUUGCCAGCAGGACCAUGUACCCAACUGGUCCACUGUUUCCCCCGCACCUUGCAAGACCCCCAAUGGCAAUGCAGAUUCCACCAUGCCCCGCCGCUCAUGUCAUUUGAAGGUGCAGGCUUCUUCUCUGUGCGCUAUGUAUUCCCUGCGCAGCAACCGCCACCCUUGGACUGUACAGAAAUAA